AUGUCUAAACUGGUUAAUAGAAUAUUGAAUAGUGACAAAGAGGUUGCGGCAGUCAAGUACAAUAUAAAAGAACAAAGAUGUCUGAAAAAAAGUCUUGUAACCUUGGAUGCCGAGGCAUCGUAUUCUGUGAAACUAAUAGAUAUGGAAAACAGAGGGAUGAAGGUUUUCUACAGACGAUUCAGAGACAAAGUUUCCAAAAUCAAAACUCAUUUGAAAGUUAACGAGAUCACAAGACUAAAAGAUCUUGAGGCAACCGGCCGACUUAGUCCUCCUCAAAACACAGUUAAUACAACAUCUAUGUUACGUAUCGCAGACGCAGAAAAACGUUUGAAAUUGCAGGGUCGAGAGCAUCUUCGGAAAACUAAAAGUGCUUUUACAAGCAGGAGUGUGGAAGCUAGUCAGGAUAGUAAGAGAAAUUCUGUUAUGUCAGGAACUUUUGAUAGCCAUUUAAAUGAGUGCAAAGAAAGUGUAUCUGUUGUUCAUCGACCUUCAACAUCUGCAUGGGACAGUAAAUUAAACGGAUCCCGUGAAAGCAUAUCUAAAAAACGUCAGAGUAUUGAAUCAAUAGAUAGACCACAGUUUUUCAAAUCUAAAACAUGUGAUGCUAUUAUACAAGAGUCGAAUUUCGUAGACAAAAUUGAGAGCAAGGAAAUUCCCACUGCGUUGCUCGAACAAACUACAGAAAAAUAUGAACAAUCGAAAUGUUCGGGGAUAUGUAUAGUUUACGGAGAAACACCUACCGAAAGUAACAAAAAUGUAGACAAGGAACCAGACAAAGAAGACAUCCCCGAAAAAAAAAUGAGCUUGACCGUUAACUUUAUAGAAACAGGGAAUGUUAAUUCGCCACGCAUUAUGAACAAAACAAGUAGUGCUGAGAAUGAAAUGCCAAAGAAAGAAGAGGAUGUCGUUAGUCAAAGUCCACAUCAAUGUAGCGACGUAAACAUUAGCCCUCUUACCGCGAAUCCUAUAGAUGACUCCAAAGGAACAACACCUGAUAUACCCGAUACUAAUGAUAAUGAAGAACAGAUUAGUGCUAUAGCAAGUCCUGAUUCAAAUAAAAAUGCAAGUCCAAAGAAAAUUUUCCAACAAAAGCAGUCUAAUCAAUUUACCAGAACAUGUCAUCAGAAAAAUCAACACGAAACACGAGUUAAAGAUGAUACAACUAAGCUAAAGAAAACUGAUAAAAAAACAAAAAUAGAUGAAAAUAAACAGGACGGUGAUAUUAAAAACAGUUGUCAAAAGGACAAAACUUUAAAUACAAAUUCAGGUCGUGAUUCGCCCGUAUCUAUAAAGAGUUACAAUAAAUUUGCCGUCCCUCGAACUCGAAACGGCCAAUCGAAAAGUGCUCGGUCCAAUUUCGAGAGGCAGUCGAGAAAGAAAUCAUGUAAUAGUAGCCCGGAACGACGAAGUUUCUCCGCUAUGGGAAAAUCCGCGAAUUUCGCACAAAUGACCAAACAGUAUUCAUGUCAUAGCAGUAUUGACAAAGAGGCAACGAAAAUGGAAUCCAGGAUGUCUCUCAGCAUCUCCGAUGGUUUGUUCUGUAUAGGUGAUGAUCCUUACGAAGAGCGCAGACAACUUCUUCUAAUGGACGAACACAAUAGAUUUGUAAUAUUGCUACAUAAAAAGGAAGAAUAUCUAGAAAGAAUAGAAGAGUAUAUCAAAAAGCAGUUAGAGGCUACCCUAUAUGGAAUUCCUGGUGAAACUGGUGGCGGGAAGAAGAAGACUAAAUCACCAAAGGAUAUCUGGGACGAAAUAAAACAUUGUCGGUAUCUUAGAACCGACGACGACGAGGAAAAUAUUGAUUUAUCGCAGGUUGUGACUCUCGCUUCAGAACAAAUUAAAAGUAAACAGGGACUCAAGUACAAACCAUUGUUUCAAAAACAAAAGAGUAAGAAAACAGUUAUAGUGGAACCAGCAAAGAUAGAGGACAAUAAAAGUAAAGACCCGGUUAGUUUGGAUUCCUUGGGUUAGAGAUGAUGCCACCUUACAUUAUCAUAGUACUAUUUUUUUCAUGUUAGCACAUUUAAGUUGAAUCUGUUAAUAAUAAUACAUGUACUUGUUUAAAAUUGUGUUGAUUUUCGUUCAGCCUGUGACAUUUAUGUCGCGGAAGCGAGACAUAGUUGUCGUUGGUUCAUGUC